AUGCGCGAACGAUAUUCGACCACCAUCACGCAAAGUGAAUUCGUGCCACCGCAUUACAAGAGGAGAGAGUACCUCACCGGCUUCUCUGGGGAAACGGGUACUGCGGUGGUGCUGAUGGACUUUGCCGCCCUGUGGGUGGAGAGUCGGUACAUUCUUCAGGCCGAGGAAGAGCUGGACUGCAACUGGGUCCUCAUGAACGGCGGCCAGCCAGACGUGCCGGUCAUCGACGAGUGGCUCAAGAGCAACCUGCGCGGAAGCUCACGGGUUGGCGUCGACUCGCGCGUCGUGCCUUUCCAGGAGUACCGCAAGAUGGAAGAGAAUCUCCACCCCUUCGGCAUUGAGCUGGUGGGCGAGCCACGCCAUCUCGUGGACGAGAUAUGGACACCCAUGGAAGGCAGGCCUUACGAGUCUAACAGCAGCAUUGUUGUUCACAGCGUGGAGUUUGCCGGUGAGAGCUGGCAGGACAAGGUUCGCAAAGUGCGCGAAUUCCUGAAGAAAUCUGGUAUCGACGCCAUUCUAAUAACGGACCUCGGGGAAAUUGCGUGGCUGUACAAUAUGCGCGGCAACGACGUUCCUUACACUCCCGUCUUCGAAGCUUUCGUUUUCCUGUCUCAAGAUGAACAAAGGUUGUACGUCAGCGCACGAAAGUUGACGUCUGAGGUCCGCAACUACCUCAUCAUGGAAGACUGCAACAACUGGGCCUGUGUGCAGUGGAGAGACUACAAGCUUGUUUACAACGAGAUGAACAUCAAUGGGAACGCAGUGAACAGACUGCUGGUCUCGCCCUUCUGCAGUUACGCAAUAUGCGGCCACAUUGACGUUGACAAGCUGGUCGUCAGUGAGGCACCAAUAAAGAUGAUGAUGACUGUGAAGAACAACAUCGAACUGCGGGGACUGCGGAAUGCUCACUUGAAAGACUCUAUUGUGUUUGUGACCCUGCUGGCUCAUAUGGAGAGGGACUACUUGACCAAAAAGCCAUGGACAGAAGCACGGGUCGUCUACGAGCUGGAGCGGUUAAGAAGCCACCAACAGCACUACCGGGGCGAGAGCUUCGGCAGUGUUGCGGCAGUGGGACCCAACGCCGCAGUUCCGAACCACCACUACCGCAACGGGUCCGGCAUGUACAUCAGCAACACCAGCCUGGUACUCAUUGACUCCGGGGCGCAGUACCUUGACGGUACCACGGAUAUUGCGAGGACCAUACAUUUGGGAACGCCGACUGACUUUGAAAAAGAGGUCUACACGAGAGUGCUCAUCGGCAUGAUCGACUUGUUCCUGACAAUUUUUCCCGAAGGAACCAAAGAUGGUGCCUUGGACGUGGUGGCCAGGCGGUCCCUGUGGAGCGUAGGCCUAAACUUUCUGCAUGGCGUCAGCCAUGGGCUAGGAUCUUACAUGCUGGCUCACGAACAUCCACCAUUGAUAUCUCCGUUCAGUAAAGGAUAUCCCCUCUUGGCAGGAAUGGUCCUGUCGAAUGAGCCCGGUUACUACGAGGAAGAGCGGCUUGGAGUUCGUCUUGAAACGACGAUGCAGAUCACGCCGUUUAACACUACUUACAGGUUCAUGUCCCAGAAGUUUUGCAAGUUUGAACCCAUCACGUUCGUGCCUUUCCAAGCGGGCCUGAUCAAGUGGGAGCUGCUGAGCAAGGCACAGCUGGACUGGCUGAACGACUACAACGCCCGCAUCCUGGACGUGGUGGGAAGCGAGCUGAAGAGGAUGAAGAAGCACGAAGUGUUGUCUUGGCUGCAAGCACGAACCUUCCGCGUCGAGAUGAAGAACGGCUCGACGCCCGUUCUUCGCGUGGCCGGACACCACGGCCUGCUGACGCACGAGGGCCCAACCGGACACCACCACGUCGGACACUCCGCCGGCCAGAGGCCAUUUGUUCCAUGA